CUUUGACACCUUCGUGGUACAAAUCUUUGCACUUGGCAGUGUAAAAUGUAAACAAAUCGGCGCUGGAUGUCAACGUUGUUUUCACAUAGCGUGGAUUUGAUUCGCGUUAUUUACGAGUGCAAUGGCAAGCGAUGAACGUAAUUUUAGAUCGUCAUAUUACGAAAAAGUAGGUUUUAGAAGUGUCGAGGAGAAAAAAUCUCUAGAGAUUCUGUUGAAAGAUAAGCCUCUGGACAAAAUGAAACUCCGACAGUUUUGUAUACGUUUUACUGUGCCGGGAAUAUACAGAAAUUUAGUAUGGAAAGUGCUUCUGGAUGUUAUUCCUAUUCAUGUCGAUUCUCAUAAGUUCGUAAUGGAGCAGCGUAAAGAGGAAUAUAAGGAUUUGUUGCAUGCUUUGCGUUUAAUGCAAAUAGUGAAUGACACAACUCCAAAACCAGAAUUAUUUUUGCUGAUGUGGCUGCUUCAAACUGGGAGAUUAACUUUAUAUCAAAACCAAUUAAAUACGGCUGUGAAUAGAAACUUAUGUGCGAUUUCCCAUUCGCUGUCAGUUGUUUUUGACGACGAUGUUGACAUUUAUUGGUUGUCGAAGGGCUUCUUUGAAAGUGUUGUGAAGUUUCGUGAUGACAUACCGACGCUGAUAAAAUAUACGAAAUCAGUUUUAGAAAAAGAAGACGAAGAACUUUAUUGUCAUUUGCAAGAUUUGGGUGCGUUUAGUACAAUUCCACUGGAUAAUUGGCUCUGUUGUUGUUUCGCAGGUGUGAUAAGCGAAUCAUCAUUGGGAAAAAUAUGGGACAAACUAAUCGGUGGUUCAUGUAAAAUACUUGUUUUCGUUGCUGUGUUAUUACUGGUAACACUCAAGAGAGCUUUGCUAAAAUGUGCGACGACAGACAACAUUGCAUCUUGUUUAAAGAAUAUAUCGGAAGAAGUUUCUGAAGUUAUAGUUAACCAAGCCAUAGAAAUGUGGCAACAAUACGGUAGCAGUCUUAACACCGUUAUAAGUGCAGAGGGUGGCAAAACUCAUCUAACCACCAACAGACAGAAGUGAUCUGUUUUAAUGCGUAAAAGUCAAGCGCCGGCACGACGGUCAGGAACAGUAGAGCAGAGAGGGCUGUGAAGAAGAUGUCAGCCAAUAGUAUGCUGACCAACCCUCUCUGGGAUGACACCAAGACAGCAGUGGUCUCCAGGCAAAAAGAACAUAAGCACCGUUGCCUGGCUGCAGCCUAGUUGAGGACAAGCUGUUCUAUGAGCUCUACAGCAGCGACUUCGGAACUGUAUUGUUUUACUUGUAUUAGGAGUUUGUGUACUGAAGAGAUUUCUUAUUUUGUCUGUCGUCAUUACUUGCAACACACCAUUGUUAAUUCUCAAAGUCAAGUAUUUUCAUUUAUCUUACUGUAAUAAAAAUUC